AUGGCACCUGGUGGUCAUUUUACACCAACGGACUGUAAAGCCACGCAAAAGUUGGCUAUAAUUAUUCCUUACAGGGAUAGGCAAAAACAUUUACUGAAUUUUUUAAACCAUUUUAUACCGGUUUUAAAACGGCAGAAAUUAGAAUUUACAAUUUACGUCAUAGAACAGGGCGAUAACGAGACGUUUAAUAGAGGAUUACUUCUAAAUGUUGGAUUUACAGAAGCAUUAAAACAAGAUAGCUAUGAUUGUUUUAUAUUGCACGACGUGGAUACAUAUCUAUUAAAUGAUAAAAAUAUUUAUCGAUGUGGCGACAAGCCUUUACAUUUAGCAGUUGCAGUUGAAAAAUAUGGUUUUAGGCUACCGUACACUACUUAUUAUGGUGCUAUCACUGCCUUCAAUAGAAAACAUUAUGAAAUGAUUAAUGGUUUUCCCAAUGUUUACUUUGGAUGGGGAGGGGAAGACGACGAUCAAGGAAUAAGGCUACAUACUAAAGGUCUCAAUUUUGUACGAAGGUCGCCCCAAAUAGCAAGAUAUGCUUCAGCUAAACAUAACAGAGAUCCAACAAACCCUGAUGGCAAAGAUAGAUUUGGUUUAUUGAGGUCGGCUGCAAAAAGAAUGGCCUACGAUGGUUUGAAUAGUUUAAUCUAUAAUGUUACAAGUAUCGAAUUAAAGAAAUUAUACACUCUCAUUACCAUAACCGUAGACCGAAAUUUAUUAGAAAAGGUUAGUAUCGUUAUAUUUGUCCUUGCUUUAAAUCAAAACCCAAAACACUAG